AUGAAGUGCUUCAUCCCUCUCUCUCUGCUCGUCGCUAGCGUAGUUGCGGCGCCAACUGCUGCACCUUCGCCACAAGAGGGCGCCAGCUUCCCCAUUACCGACCUCGUCGACUCGGACCUGACCGUCGAAGAAUACGCUUCACAGCUCGAGAGCCAACCUGCGGGAGAGCCUGCCGUGACUAAGCGUCAAUUCAAUGGAGACACUUUCAACCAGUUGACUGACGGUACUCCAUGCCGAGCCGUAACUGUCAUCUUCGCGCGUGGUACCACACAAUCCGGCAACGUCGGCGAGGCAAACUCUGAGGGCCCAGUGUUCUUCAACGCUCUGGCCAGCAGACUUGGAGGCGCAGGUCAAUUGGCCAUCCAGGGAGUGGACUAUCCCGCGAACGUUAUCGGAUUCCUUGCAGGUGGAGACGCCGCUGGAGCCACGACUAUGUUCAACCUCAUCAACCGCGCCGUAACGCAGUGCCCAGCAACGAAGAUUGUGGUAUCGGGAUACAGCCAGGGUGCACAACUCGUGCACACUGCUACACAGAGGCUUUCCGCUGCGAACGCUGCGAAGGUUUCUGCUGUCGUAACUUUCGGUGACGCUGAUAGGGACGAGUCGUUCGGCCAGGUUGCUGCCAACAAGGUCAUGAUCAUCUGCCAUGACGGAGACAACAUCUGCGACAACGGCAUCAUCAUCACUCCUGCGCACAGGAACUAUGAGAUUGAUGCCCCGGCUGCGGCUGAUUUUGUUCGCGCGAGGACUGUUUAA